UACACUCAGAUACACACAAAAAAAAAAAAAAAAUAGGAAAAGGAAACUGUUUCUCUUUUAAAGUUGAAGUGAAAAAGAAAUGGAUGAAAUAAGCCACAAAUUCAUACAAGUGAAUGGACUAAAACUUCAUGUAGCUGAAAUUGGGAGUGAAUCUUCUUCAUCUCCAGUUGUUGUAUUCUUACAUGGGUUUCCAGAAAUAUGGUAUUCUUGGAGGUACCAAAUGUUGGCCAUUGCCAAAUCUGGUUGUUUUAGAGCCAUUGCUUUUGAUUACAGAGGUUAUGGAUUGUCUGAACAGCCAGCAGAACCUGGACAGACAACAUUUAUAGAUCUUGUUAAUGACCUCCUGGGACUUCUUGAUGCUCUCAACAUCCCAAAGGUACCAUUCUUUUCUUACUAGUAAUUACACUGUAUA